UCCUUUGCGGGAAUUUCCGCAGUCUGCAGUAUACACUGGGACUGUUCUGCGGGUAAGUAAGCGAAGCGAGAGUCAGAGAGGCGCCUCUCACUGGGAAGAAUGUGGGGGCCGUCACGGACAGCUGCAAUGAUUCAGGGCCCCUCAAUCUGGCUGCAAAACUAUAUAAAGCUCUGGACGACCCAUCGAGAACAUCCUCUCAUCACGACCAUCAUCACCAUCCGCUUCUACAAGUCUCUACACAGUAUCAUUCUGAUCAUCAUGCACUUCCUCAAGUCCACCGCCGUCCUCCUCGUCUCCGCCCUGGGCGUGUCCGCCACCCAUUUCCACAAUAACUACGGCAAGAACGGCUGGAUCCAGGACAACCAGGGCUCCGACAUCCAGCUCAAGAACGGUGGCUCCGUGACCAUCGGCGGCGGCUGGGGCUUCUUCUGGGUCGACAGCAGCGUCUGCUCCAAGAACUCGGUCACCUACACCUGGCCCUCGAGCUAUGGCGAUGUCUACAUCCACAGCGAUGGUUUCUUGUAUGAUGCUAGUGGCUACCAAAUCUCCGGCGGUGCUCACAUUUGCGGUUAAAUGCUGAAUGUGAUGAGUGGAAUUUGGGGUACAAAGGGGGUGCUAGGUGGAAAGAGAAAUGUACAUGUUGAUUUGUGUGUUGUGGAGGCCGCCUUGCAGAUAGGUGCAGUUCUUGUUUAAUCACUGUUGUGAAUCUGCGAGCCAUGAUGUAUGUCAUAAAUGAAGAACCGUGCGCCUUGAUUCCGGAGUGUCUUUCAAGUGAAAUUAAGGCUAGAGAGAUGAGUUUUACAAUCCUACCAGCGUUCAGUACU